AUGAUGACCGCAGCUACGGAAUCUCACGAAGCAGCGACCACGUCUAAGAAGAAGCGAUCACGUCGUGGACGCAAAGGAAACACGCCGGCACCUGUCGCAGUGAAACCGAAAAAGAUCUUGUAUGUGGAUGAGCUUGGAGAUUCUUUGUUCGACCAGCUCUAUCAAACCCCCACGCGCGAGGAUGGUGAUGACAAUCUUGGUGCCACGUCAAUUUCCCUAAUGGAUCAUUUACGCAACAAUAUUGCAGCACGUCCCACGGUCUCUUCCUCUUCCAGUUCAGUAAGCUUUCAUACGAUAUCCGAUUCCAGCCCGGCAACGAGUGUGAACAGUCAAGAACCAUUCCUAGUCACUUGCUCACAAGCACCAAUCAAGGUCAAUGCCCUACAUCCAACCACUGAUACCCUUGAAGCGAAAACAGAAGGCCAAGACCAAGAUGUGGUAUUCAGACUCAAUGAUUUCAAACCCAUGACAGCCAUCCAACAGAUAGCUACACUACAUGGCAGGGUAGCACACAUGGGAAUCCUCGAUCACAGCUACCGAUUCUUCGUGAACAAAUCAAGAACGGCAGCAUUGUCAUUUAAGGUCCAGAAUGGGGUGGCAGUCAUCGGCGGAGAUCCACUAUGCAACAAAGAUGAAAUCCCCGACCUCCUAUCCGAAUUUGCGGCCUACCGACAGCAGCAUCACUUGAGCAUGGCAUUCAUGGGCGCCAGCGAGUCCUUCCUCAAUGACUACUCCAAACCAAACGACUGGACGACGAUUCGCUUCGCUACAGAGCGUGUCCUCAACCCCCAGACAAACGAAGUGAUUCUUGAGAACGGCGGAAGACGCAUCUUGACCAAGUGCCGUCAGCUCACAAACAAAAACAAAGGCGGUAUCACCAUGGGCGUGUACGCCCCGGCCGUUCACGGCACAAACGAGCAACUACAAUCCAACCUAAUCACCAUCUACGAUGCUUGGCGCGCCGAGCGUAAUGCCUCUGCCAGUCCCCAAGCCUUCAUAACUGUCUAUGAUCCCUUUGCUCUCCCCACUCUAAUGACAUUCAUCUACACCUGCACCCCAGAUGGUACAGUCAACGGUUUUGCCGCUCUUCGACGCCUCGGCUCCGGUGGCUACCAUGUUGACCCUUGCAUAGCAGCCCCAGGCAGCGUAAAUGGAAUCAGCGAUCUCCUUCUCAUCAUGGCAAUGGCACUCCUCCGACGCGCUGACAUCUCAUAUCUCGGCCUUGGCGUCGAACCGCUCCAAUCGCUCACCCAUGAAGAUGUCAGUGGAAUGCCGUGGCCCUGUAAGAAGGUUACACGCGGCUUGUAUGGCCAUGCGUUCCAUCGUCUGCCCAUUGGUGGCAAGAAGGCAUACCAUGAUAAAUUCCGUCCGGACCCUGCUCAGGACUCUGAUCUUUAUCUUGUUUUCCCAUCUGGCAUCCCCAGUCCCCGACAUGUGCUCGCUAUGACUCAUAUGGCGAAUAUCAGUUUGCGGAAGAUGCUCCGGGCGGAUGUUGAGGCUUUUGUGUUGACUCGCAAGUUGAAAGCUGGCGGCGAGGUUGUUAUGUCGCUUGGUAGUAAGAAGGAGGGUUCUAGUUCUACUGAACAGCCCGCUAAGGGUAAAGGCUUUGACGAGGAGGUUCUUGUAUACUAUGCCCCUUGUGAAGUUUAA